AUGGCCAAAUUUAGCAGCAGUGCUGCCUUGGCGUUUUGCGCAGUAGCGCUCUGUUCUAUUGUGCAUCUAGUCGCAGCGAGUUGCCACUUUGAUUACCCACGUGACUUGCUGAGCAGGAAUGCGUUCGUUGCGUGUCACGAAGAUGUCGAAGUCUCCUACAACGCAACUGCGAUGUGCCCACACAGAGUAAACGGUACCGAGUAUGUAUGGCAUCCUCGUUCAAUUAAGAAUGGUGACGACCAGAUCAACACGUAUGUUGGUGAAAAUGAGAAGCUCCGUUCCAUACCUCUUUCGGAUGUGAUACGCACUGAAGACCGAAAUCCAUUUAUCUGGUUGGAAUCGGGUGUUUCGCGAACGGAUAUUAAGUUCGAAAAGCCGUCUAAUAGGUUGGUUGCGAUUACAGAACGCCGCCUGAUAUUCAUCUGCGGUCCGCGAAGUCUGGUUUUAAACGAUGCCUUGCAGCGCCAUAUUUACCAUUUCAGUGUUACUCAACCGCAUAAACUUCCUUGGGCUCCAUCCACUCCAUUGACUCAGGAGAUAGCCAACAUAGGGAGUGGUUUAGGUGUAUAUUUCUUGAAUAGGGGUCGUCUACAUAUGCCACUUCAAGGAUGUGGGAGUCGCCCUUCGCCCCUCUUCUCUCUGGAAAAUGAGGUGGCUGUAGACCCCGUCACAGGCAUCCGUUCAUGCGUGGCAGAUCCUAUGUCAGAAUCACCAAUAGGGUUUCUUUGUGAAGGAAAGGUUGAACCUAAGGAGUGUAUGAAAUUCCUCCUGGAUGAGAAUGGAGACGUUGUGAGUGCUCCUACGCCAAGUUAUGAUAGGACUUCCAGUUUCCAUCGGCCUUGGUCGGUGGCUAAAUACUUUAACGACUUAGAAGUACGACCCUUCAAUGGCGAAUGUAGGUGUAUAAGUUCCGAAACGGGCCAUGUGAAGGCCAAGAUUGAGAUCCGUUCGAAAACCGAUUACGUUUGUGACAUUUCCAGCAUGAUCGUCCGCAACCGUUCGCAACCAAUCCGUGGUCCUUGGUGUUCAGUGGUCCUCCAUCCUGGCAGCACAUUGACCAUACGGUUCCCAUCAGAGGCUGUCGUUUCGAGCUCCGACAAUUAUUCCACGCAAGUGCUGCCUAUCGGUGAAUUCGAAACUGGAUUUAUGCCGAAUGACUUGAGUACUUUGCGGCAACUGGCAAGCGUCCAUGACUUUGAUAUCUACGAAGAAAUCUUGUAUCACGAAGCAAUUGCUGGCGAUGCCCUCGAGUUGGAUGUUUCACAAAUGUCCCGGGGAGAGGUUAAACUGAGGUAUCAUCUGGAUAAACCCUUGGUAUUACGGCAUGGAACAAACUCGUUCAAUUAUCAUUGGACAUUGAAAUCUAGGAACAAGUAUGUUGCAAAGAAGAUACGCGCUACCGUCAAUGUGGCUUUUGCGUUUACGCAUCACUACGGCGUAAUUGGUUGCGACCGAGGGACACCAAGUGUAUUCGACCCAGAUAUUAGCCAGAAACAUUGCUCAGCAAAAUCUAUGGGGAAUGGUAUAGGGGAUGUUUACGAAUGCAAAGCCCAUAUUAAGGAGGGCUUUAGGCAGGCAGGUAUUUACUGCAGGCCAAAUGAGGAGCUGCUACCGCACAAUUGCGAAUCCAUGGGAUACGAUCUCUACAAGAAUAGGAUGAUUUCUAUUCCUGUGUCUGUGCAAAUUGCGACACCAUAUCCCAUUCAAGGGCUUCAGUUGUUCAGCUAUUACUACGACGACGAUAGCCCUCUCAGUUACGCGUGCUUUUGUGUCGACAAACUUGGGUACGCAAAGUCAAGGCUUGCUGUCGAAUCCCAUCAUCAUGACGAGCUUAGAUAUCUAGUACGUCGUGGAAGGGUCUCUCACACAUUGAUUCCUUACAUAUUACUGCCUUGGCGUGAGGUGGGCUUAUCAGGUGAGGGACUCGUACCACCCGCAUCUCUUAUGCUAAACAACAUAUACCGAAAGUCAGUGACUCUGCAAGCGGGCAAAACAUUAUCCAUGACUUGUGCAAUUAUUGCUGUUCGGUCGUGUGACGAGGAGUUGGAGUGCGAUUGUUUGCACCCUAGAAUAGACGAGAACCUGCCGGCGACAUGGCUUCCAACGCAACCUGAAGAAUUCUAUUAUUCCAUGAACGAAACCCCGGAUGCAAUUGAGCUUAUUAAGGUUACAUACAACGAUUCACUUGCUACGACCCCAGGUGGAUUCAAAGUCGGAUACCCUAGUGACAAAAAUGGAACAAAAAAAAAUAAAUUGGUUAUGCAAACGACUCUGGACGCCAUAUUGAUUUCCAAAGAUCCGCUUCACAUGCAAAACGUGCCCAUUACAUUCGUUUGCGGCAAAGCACCCGAGACAUCAGAUUUAUCCGUUAUCACUGGCAACCGGUCCACCUCAAAGGCAUCUGCACAACCCAGUUCCCAUGUCAUGGGGUUGUCAAUAGGACACACGUGGAACGUAGUCGUAGUAAAUGUAGAGACCACGGACCCGUACAUGCAAGGCUGCGGCGUUACAUACGAGUCCACUGACCUAUUCAAGCCUGAGACUCCCCAACUCUACGAUGCCAACGGACAACCUCAGUUCGGUUGCAAGAUAGACCUCCAAGCUGCCAAGGAAGCGGCGUUCUACUGCCCAGCGCCGUAUCUCCUGGACCCACCCAACUGCUUCAGCCAGGCCUCAGUUGACGGUGAAGUGACUAACCUAGGUGGUCUCAGUUCGUCGUUGGUAGCAUCUCGAUCCAACCACUUUGUCAUCCUUAGAUUCGAUCGUUUCCGAGUAAGGCCCGGGGAGACGUUGCGCCAGACGCCUCCGUUGGAAUGCCGCUGCGUCACCAUCAAGGGUGUCAUCCUCUCCACCAUCCAGAUCGAGAACUACUACUCAAAGUACUGA